AUGACAGUUUGUGAAGAAACACAUCAGAAACUGCCAGAACAACCAAAACAAACAGAACACAUGUUACAAAAUAGUCACAUAGAAUAUAAUAACAACAGAACACAAGGUAUAAGUCAUGUGACUAAGAAAGCAG